UUACGUGACGUCAUUUAUCCGCAACACGUUGUUGACUCAUGAACCAGGAAGAGCCGCUGGUCAUACAAUUCAUCCAUUUUUUUUUUUUUACAAAUCUGUAUUAUGCUUUCAUUUGCACUGACGAUCGUUCGGCAUGGGGAAACACAAUACAACAGAGAUAAACUGCUUCAAGGUCAGGGCAUUGACACACCGCUGUCAGACACGGGACAUCAGCAGGCAGCGGCGGCUGGACAGUACCUCAGAGAUCUGCAUUUCACCAAUGUCUUCGUCAGUAACCUGCAACGAGCCGUCCAGACAGCGGAAAUCAUUUUAGGCAACAACCUUCAUUCUUCUGCGACUGAGAUGAUAUUGGAUCCUUUACUCCGAGAGAGGGGUUUUGGGGUGGCAGAGGGAAGACCAAAGGAACAUCUGAAGAACAUGGCGAACGCAGCGGGUCAGGCCUGCCGAGAUUAUACACCGCCCGGAGGAGAGACGCUGGAACAGGUAAAGACGCGCUUUAAGAAGUUCCUCAGAUCCUUGUAUCAGCGCAUGUUAGAGGAGCACGGCUCAGGCGACCAGUGUCCCGCGUCCACCUCUGGACCAUCAGAACCAGAGCAGCCUAGGAUUGCUGGACUAGCUAACGAUGGAGUCCAGAAGGUACCUGUCCACGCUCUGAUCGUCAGUCACGGGGCGUUUAUCCGCGUGUCUGUGCGCCACCUAGUGGAGGAUCUGCAGUGCUGUUUGCCCGCAGGCCUGAAGAUGAGCCAGGUGUUCUCCCCGUGCCCAAACACCGGCAUCAGCAGGUUCAUCAUCACCCUCCGCAGAGAGGAGAGCGGCCCGCGGGCCUCCCACAUCCAGUGUGUCUUCAUCAACCGGAAAGACCACCUGGAUGACGUCAAACUCUGA